AAGCCGGGGGGCUCAGUGCCGGUGCUCCCGCCGCCCCCGGUGCUCCCACCGCCCCCGGUGCUCCGCUCCUCGCCGCCGCUCCGCGCCCCGUCGCCCGCCCGCCGCCACCAUGGAAGCCAUCAAGAAGAAGAUGCAGAUGCUGAAACUGGACAAGGAGAACGCCAUCGACCGUGCCGAGCAGGCGGAGGCUGACAAGAAGCAAGCAGAGGACCGCUGCAAGCAGCUGGAGGAAGAGCAGCAGGGUCUGCAGAAGAAGCUGAAGGGCACGGAGGAUGAGGUGGAGAAGUACUCCGAGUCUGUCAAGGAGGCCCAGGAGAAGCUGGAGCAGGCGGAGAAGAAAGCUACAGACGCUGAGGCUGAAGUGGCUUCUCUGAACCGCCGUAUCCAGCUGGUGGAGGAGGAGCUGGACCGAGCCCAGGAGCGCCUGGCCACUGCCCUGCAGAAGCUGGAGGAAGCUGAGAAGGCAGCAGAUGAGAGCGAGAGAGGCAUGAAGGUCAUCGAAAACAGGGCCAUGAAAGAUGAGGAGAAGAUGGAGCUCCAGGAAAUGCAGCUGAAAGAGGCGAAGCACAUCGCAGAGGAGGCUGACCGCAAAUACGAGGAGGUCGCCCGCAAGCUGGUUGUCCUUGAGGGAGAGCUGGAACGCUCGGAGGAGAGGGCAGAGGUGGCGGAGAGCCGAGUGAGACAGUUGGAAGAAGAGCUGCGGACCAUGGACCAGACUCUCAAAUCCCUCAUUGCCUCAGAGGAAGAGUAUUCCACCAAGGAGGACAAGUAUGAGGAGGAAAUCAAGCUUCUAGGGGAAAAACUGAAGGAGGCUGAGACCCGGGCGGAGUUUGCAGAGAGGUCUGUGGCGAAGCUGGAGAAAACCAUUGAUGAUCUAGAAGAGCGCUCCCGGCAGGAGGCUGAGAAAAACCGUGUUCUCACUAACGAGCUGCGGGUCAUCCUUACUGAACUUAACAACUGAGCUGCCCAGAGCUCCCUGCCCCAGCCCAGCCUCCCUGCCCCAUUUUGGCCAGGCUGGCUUGGGGCUGGGAGCCCCUACCCGCUCCCUGCCAGGACUAGGCAGGGUGGGGAGCCUUGGCUUAUGCCCCUGAGGGUAACUGCCCUGCUUGGGGGGGACAGGGAGCCUCUCUGCAGCUGGUCGGUUUUUCCUGGGAGAGGAAUGAGGGGUUUUGAGAUGUCGUGGGACGCCCACGUGGUGAUGGCUGUCCCCUGGCAUCAGCCUGGCCCUGCCGGGGAGGGAUGUGGUGGUUUCUAUCACUGCCUUCCUCCCCUUGUCCCAGGACUCAGCGGCCAGCCUCUUCCUCCUCACUCUGGUCACCCCAAACUGUGCAAGGAGGAUCCCCUCAGAGCAGGGUCCCUGCAGGGUGCUGGGAGGGCUGAGAUAGGAACUGGGGACCCAGCAGCACCCGCUGCCCCAAACUUGGGGCAGGGGACAGGGAAGAGCCCAGCAGGGAGUGCUGGGAGAUGAGGCUGAACAGGCAGAGCUCUCGUCCCAUCCCCGUCUCUGGAGGGAAGGAGGAUGCCAUCUGGAAGUGAACACUGGAGGAGGCUGCCUCGGCAGUAAGCUGCCUGGCAGAGCUCAUCCCUACAGCCUCUUUAGCUCUGCUCCUUCUCUGUCUGCCCACCCUUCUGGGCUCCUGUCUCACUCCUUUUCUUCAUGGAGCACCACUGGGUCAUGCAGCAGGCACUGGCUCUCCUCUUUCGCUGGCCAAGCAUUUGUGCACGUGCCCACAGCCAGCUGCUGGUGAUGCCCUGAGGCAGGAUGUGCUGGUGACUGGCCAAGGAAUGGUACCCGCCAGUGGUACCAGUGCUGCGGAGGGCCCAGCCAUGGGCAACCGGGCACCAUGGGAUGAUGGAAAUGCUGAAGAGCGGGGACUGCCUGCCCCCAGUGACUGGCCUGGCUGCCCCGGCAGGUCCUGGAGCAGCUGGGCUCAUCCCUGCCAGUGAUGGGGCUGUUUGCAUGCAGUCUGCUCCGCAGGGAUGCCCCACUUAGCUGGAGGUUGUCACUGUACUGAAAUGUCCAUCUCUGUGUGUGUCUGUGGCUGGUGUGGUGUGUGUGGGUCCGGCUGCACCUGGGUACACUUGGGCUGUGUCUGUGUGCGUGGCUGCGUGU